UACUUAUAGUUCAUUUCUUUCGAUUCUAUUGUAAAUUGUAGCUGUAUGUGUACAAUGAUAUUUAACACUUGAUAUUUUCAUAUGAUACAUAAAAAAAAUUAAUUUAAAAUUUUACAAAUAUGUCAAAUUCGCUUGUACGAAAAGGACUUGAUUUGUUGGGUUACGAAAAAAGUGUAAAGCAAGAAAAAAAGAAAAGAAAACACGUAAAAUAUAAAGGUUCGCUGGAUCUGAUCCCUCCAAAACACAGGAUAUUUUCUAAAAACGAUAAAACAGAUCUCGGAACAAUCCUUGGCCGAUCAAGCAAAGUAACUGUUUAUGAAACUCAAAAAAAAUUAGCUGCAAAAGUAGAUCCUACAGAUGAAAAUGUACAGAGGCUUUUAUUGCUUAGCACUAAUCGUAUUGAUCCAAAUACAACAAAUAAGUUAUUAAGCAGAGCUUUGAGAAAGAGAUAUAUUCCAAAGGAAAAGAAACCUAAGGAACCUGAAGCCACUGCAUUUACUGAAGAAGAUUUUAAGAAAUUCGAAAAAGAAUACGUGGAUCAGUAAUGAUAAUUUUAUAUUUCUUAAAUUAUAUAUUAGGUAAAUGAAUUUCAAUUAAUGAACUUUACUUAGUAUACAUGGCAUUAUGGUAGUCACCAAUAUAUAAAGACAUUUAAUUGUAUUUCAUCUGUAAAGCAAUAUUAUUUUUUGCACGUU